AAGGCGUCCCUAGCAUCAAAAAAAGAUGUUAGCAACGGGAAAACGACGUUAAUGUUUGUUUACUGAAACACGUUUACGGCAUAUAUUGUGUUAGCUUUUUAUUUUAAUUUCUAAGACCAUAUAGAUAUGGCUACAAGCAACCCAUCGGUGUUUCUUCUCAUGGUCAACGGGCAAAUUGAAGAAGCUAACUUUCCAGAACACGAUGAACUGUACUGCAAGUAUUGUUUUGUUUACGGACACGAUUGGGCUCCAACUUCGGGCUUGGAGGAGGGCAUCUCACAGAUCUCAUCCAAGGGCAGAGGCCCUGUGCAAAGUAUUGUGUGGAAUUUCCCCCUGGACAUCACCUUUAAGAGCACAAACCCCUUCGGCUGGCCACAAAUAGUGGUGUGUGUGUAUGGUGCGGACACCUUUGGGAAUGACGUGGUGCGAGGAUAUGGUGCUGUUCAUAUUCCGUUCAUCCCUGGAAAACACAAGAGAACUAUUCCUAUGUUUGUUCCUGAAUCCACCUCAAGGUUACAGAAAUUCACAAGCUGGCUGAUGGGAAGGCGACCAGAGUUCACCGAUCCAAAGGUUGUUGCCCAGGGGGAAGGACGGGAAGUCACCAGGGUGCGAUCUCAAGGCUUCGUCACGCUCUCUUUCAACAUUGUGACCAAGGACAUGAAGAAGCUGGGCUAUGAUACCUCAUCAUCAGAGGCACAGCAAGCCUCAGGCCUCGUCACAGAGCCCACCUACACUCUAUGAUCUCUGCCUCACGACACAACCACCAGCACCAAAACUCCACCGACAGGCUGCCUCUACAUUUCACAUACUGUGUUUAUAGGAAAGAUACCAAAAUAACAAAUUUUGCUUAUAAACAAAACUUGGUGCACAGACAGACUUAUGGGAGUUUGUACACAGAGAUAUAAAUAUGCAUGUACCUUUAUUGUAGUCAAGAAUACAUCAUUUUUUUAUAUACUUUUGAUAUUUAUUACAAUUAAAUUACUCUUCUUUCAUAAA